UUUGCAUUUCCUGAACAGAAAGUGCUAUGUGCUCUGGAGGUAGCCUGUGGUUCCUCGCAUGUUAAAGCAGAUGCAAUUGGAACUGACUUCCCAGACUUCCCUCUGGAUGUAUGCCCAGGAGUGAGAUUCCUGGAUCAUAUGAAAACCAAAAUGAUCAAGAUGGGGUGAAAGGAGUAGAGCCAACUAUCUGCAGGCUCAGCACGGAGCUGCCGCAGAUGGUAGAGGAUGACAUCCCACGGCACUCAGUGGAGGAGUCCUAUUUGACUUACUCAGCUCUUCCUGACCUGUCAGACUCCUUCUGGCCUUAUAGGAGCACCGCCAUCUACUCAUUUGAGGGAUUGGAACUCUCUUAUGCUCGGGAUGUCACCCAAAAUCAUACUGUUCUUGAGGAAGAAGAGGAACAAGACCAAAUAUGUUCCAGCGCACCUGACCCCAGAAGCCUCAGUAGUGAGCAGCCGGUGGUAGAAGAGAAUGAAGGCCCACAGGACUCACUGGAUGAAUGUUAUUUGACCAGUUCUGUUGGCCAUGACCUGUCAGACUCCUGUAGGCCUGACAGAGGUGCCUCAUUCCCUUGGGACCAACAGGGAGUCUUCUCAGCGCUUGCUGUACAUGGUGACUCCUGGGAGGACCGUCGCCAAGGGCCUUUGAGUUUCCAAGGGUCAGAGAUGGAAGCUUCACAAGCACAACUGCAGACAAGCACCCAGGUGACCCAUCACCUGCAGCUGCAGCGGGACCAGCAGUUUGACUGUGGUGACGGCAACGCCAGGCUCGGCCUUCCCUCCACCGUGUGGGGCUUCACAGCCAACACUGACCAAGGGCUGCCCCUGCAAGAGCUGGGUUUGGAUGCUUCCAUCGGAAUGAAGAUCCCUCCCAAGGUGGAGGGCGAGGGCUCAGCUGCCAGCCAGCAUGAACGUCAAGUCUCUAGCAACAGUAAUGCCUCCAGUGUCCUGAAGCAGAAGAUUCUGCGAAGAAAACUGCUGCGCAGCAAGUGGAGAAUAGCAUGCAGGUUCCCUGGCCUUCAAGCGUAGGGGACAGAGCACCAGCCUCGGGCUCCCCCUUCAGCCCCUCCUCUCAAGAGGAUCCCAGCCUGCUCCUGACUCUUGUCACCAUGUGGUCAUCCCUCCAGGCUCAGCCGUCAGCAGAACCCAACGAAGACCCACAUUUGAUCCCUCUGUCUCUCUCUCUGUCCCUCUCUCUAUCUCUCCUAUGUCUCUCCAUCUCUCCCCUGUCUCUCUUUCACAGUUAACGCAUUAUUUUCGGUACUCUGAAAAGAUUUUGCCAAUUUGAAGAAACCACAUCAUCAAAUUUACCUUUCCCACUAGAUGUAAACUAUCUGCAACAGAAAAUCCGGUUAAAGUCCAAACUGAACACUGCAGGGAUGCUUUGCUGAGAAUCAACAUCACAAUCACCAGCCACAAUCCAUGAUUUUUACUCCAAAGGACUGAUUUGAUGGGAGAAAUCCCAGGCAUCAGUCCCCAAAUGUGACCCAGUGCUAAGGAGACCAGUGCUUAGAUGGAUGCACAGCUGUGAGAGACUUUAACGCUUGCUUCUGUGAAUUGCCAUCCUGCACACACUGGCAUCUGGAGCAGCUGGAAGAAGGCAACAUGUCAGCCUGGACAAUCUUUGCCACCAGAUGGGCUGUGCUCGGUGCAGGUGGCAUUAACCAUGCAGUGUCCGUGCUGAAAAGGUUUCGCUUGAGUUUCGUCAUGAGGUAGUUAUCAGACAACUGCAGAAUCUAGACCACUGAACAGGACAAGUGGCCUGUGUUUUUCAAACAGGCAAUGCCUCCACAAAUUAGAUGACAGAAAGGAGAAGAGAUGUUUUGGGUUCCAAAGAACUAAAGAGAUUGUGCUGCUGUAUUUCUUUAGUCCUUUUGAACCCAAACCCUCUCCUCACCUUUCUGUGGUUGUCUUUAAUGGUGGUGACAUUGACUUGUGUGCAGAACACAGGUCAGUUGUCUGGCUCAAAGGUCUACAUUCUGCAGUUGUCUGACCCCUUCCUCAUCAUUAAACUCAGGCCAACCCGUCUGCCAAUGAUGCCACUUACUGAACACUGUUUGCUUCCUGGCACAGCCCCUCUGGAGAGUAAGCACGUCCACUUUGCGUGUCACCACUCUUGUCCUCUUAGCAUUGAACACUUCGUCAUGGAGGCAGGAGCCAGUGACAUCCGUUCAUUGGAACACACGUUUCUCUGUGUAGAAUCAGUGAUUUGAUGAGUAGUUCUCUGAGAGUGAAUAAAUAUCUUAUUCUAUGAUUGUCAUUCUCUAAACUGUUGCCAUCCCUGAUCGAUCCCCGAUGUGUGUCAAUUACCAUAUUUAUGUUUGUGAAGCAGAAAUUUUCCAGUGCAGUCAUUCUGUUCAUUUAUACUGCUGGCGUUGUGCUGUGGAAAAGACAAUCCCUACCCCUUCCAUUUAAUUAAAAGUUCUUUGGAGUUUU